AUGGAGCUGUCGAGAGGGAGUGUGAUCCUGUUCUUCGCCGUCUGGAUCCUCCUCGUCGGGGCGUUGAACAUUCAGGCCGUCCUCUGGCAUUACGGCUACUUCCAGCGGGAGGCGGGCGGGAAGGUUGGGCUCCCCGAGCUGGCCCUUCGAGGCCUGGGGCGAGGGGGGUUGGACCUCAUCAGGUUCCUGGAAGAGAACAGGCGGAACGAUACCCCACUGUUCAGGGCGGCAGCAAACUUCUCCGUCUGGAAUAAUUCCAUUCACCAAACGGUUCAGGAUGAUGGCUUCUCGUGGAGGCAAUGCGGGAGCGAGAAGGACCCAUUGCAACUCAGUAGUCUUUCGAUUCUUCCGUCUCUUUUCGUCAUUCCUGGGAAUCUGACUUUGAGUCUCAGCGCCAAAGUUGUAACUGUUGUUAGCGACCGCAUCGCCAUGAAUCGCUCCCUAAGGCUCGCCUUGGUGUUGGGCAUGACACAAGCAGAAUCAUGUCCUACGUCGAGGACAAGAUUCAAGGAGGAACUGAGGGACUGA